AUGAAAGAGAAAUCAUUGGGUGAUAAGAUUUCAAAUAUCAUAUUUGAAGAAUAUUCAAAGCUUAAAUCAUCAUCGAAACCAACCACUCGUUCAAACAAUGUUAAAGAAUGGACAGUGCUAGCUGCAAUUGUUGCUAUAUCCAAUGAUGAAAAUGAAAUCAUUCCAAUUACGAUAUCUACAGGUGUAAAAGCUACACCAAAUGACGAAUUAGAGAGGAGUUCAGGAAAGAUAUUACACGACUGUCAUUCAGAGAUCUUAAGUUUAAGGGCAUUUAAUACAUAUCUUCUUCAAAGUGUCCAAAGGGUCAGUGAAGGAGAUAAAUCUAAAUUCAUAUUACCAGCAAAAGCAGAUGGUAAAUAUAACUGGAAUGAAAAUUAUAAAAUAGCACUUUAUAUAUCAAAGCUUCCCUGUGGUGACGCUAGUAUGGAUACCUUAAAUGAAGAUUUAGAGGAUAAUGAACAAAAUUUCACAAUUGAAGAUAAUGAUGCAUAUCAGUUUAUCGACCCUAAGAUAAAAACAGUCAUAAGAGGGAGGCUAAAUUAUUCCAAGAAGAAUGUUGUCAGGACAAAACCAGGUCGUUACGAUUCAAAUGUAACUCUUUCAAAGUCAUGUUCUGAUAAACUCUGUAUGAAGCAAGCUAAAUCAAUUUUAAACAGUCUCAAUUGGGACUUAUUUGAAAACCCAAUAUUUCUAGCAUAUGUAAUAAUUCCAACGUUAAAAGAUGAACUAUUGCUUAAACUAAAUAAGGAAUUUCCUGAACGUCUAAGGGGAAUUGGAAUCCCAAUAAUGCCAUUAACAUUUCUAACCUGUGUUGAGAAAUUUAUAGACGAUAAAACUGAAAUUAAAACUGAACCAGCAUUGGUUAGCAGCAUCAAAAUAUUGUUACCAAGAGAGCAUCAAAUUGAACAAUCGAUUGUCAAUGGUGUUAGAAACGGUUCAUAUACUAAAAAGAAUAAGCCGCUAAAGAAGAACUGUCAAUCUGAUAUAAGCAAAUACUCACAAUGGCAAUUAUUCAAAACCCUCAAGGAAGAACAAUUGGCAAAAUCUUAUAUUGAAUAUAAAAAAUCCCAAACCUUAAGAGAAGAUUUAAAGGAUAUCAUCAAAUCUAAACUUUCUCCAGAUGGUUGGAUCAGUACUUUUCAAGAUGACUGUUUUUAA